GGUGAGAGCGCGGCUAUGCGCGGGCGCGAGUGCAGAAACGACCACCGUCCUGCAAGUGAGGGACCUCCACCCAUGGCGGAGGACCAAGAAGAAGAACGGCCAGAGCUCUUCCCCUUUCGUGGCAUCCAUAUGGUCCACUACUUCACGGACAACUGGGACCAGGUGGAGGCGUUCCAAGCCAGGCCUGAUGAUGUCGUUGUGGCAUCCUACCCAAAAACUGGCACCACCUGGGUCUCCCAAAUCGUGGACCUCAUGUACUGCUUGGACGACCCCAGCCGGGUGCACCGAGCCCCCAUUUAUGAGAGGGUCCCCUUCUUGGAAAUGUCCAAAACGGAAGACUUUGAGGCAGGCACCACAAUUCUGGAUGCCACGCCGUCCCCCCGGCUGAUCAAAACCCACCUCCCCGUCCAGCUGAUUCCACAGUCUUUCUGGGACAACAAUUGCAAGAUCAUCUACACGGCCCGCAAUGCCAAGGACACAGCCGUCUCCUACUUCCACUUCAGCCGCAUGAACAAGAUCCAGUCGAGGGCGGGCACGUGGCCCACCUUCCUCGAGGAAUUCAUAAAUGGAGAGAUGGUGUUUGGGUCCUGGUAUGACCACGUGAGGGGCUGGUGGGACAAGAAGGAGUCGCAGCCCAUCCUGUACCUGCUCUACGAGGACCUGAAGGAGAACCUUCCACGUGAGAUAGACAAGAUCUGCCGCUUCUUGGGCAGGGAGCUGAGCGUGGCGGACAAGCAGAAGGUGGUGAGCCAAACCAGCUUUGACGUGAUGAAGAGCAGCCCCAUGGCCAACUACUCAACCUGCUCCGCUAUGGACCACAAGGUGUCGCCCUUCAUGAGGAAAGGUCAGGUGGGCGACUGGAAGAACCACUUCACCGUAGUGCAGAAUGAAAGAUUCGAUGAAGACUACAAAAGGAAGAUGGAGGGCACCACGCUGAUGUUCCGCACGGAUAUCUAAUGACACCUGGGGG